GAGGAGCCCGGGCACAUCACAUCAGACUCUCACAGGCAGUUCGUUCAAGUGUGCGCAACCACUAUUAACAUCAGAUCAGACUGAAACAAACAUCUUGAAACCAGAACCAAUCAUGUCCUACCAGGGUAAAAAGAACAUCCCAAAGAUCACUAGCGAGAGGCUUCUGAUAAAAGGUGGACGCAUUGUAAAUGAUGAUCAGUCUUUCUAUGCAGACAUCUAUAUGGAGGAUGGAGUCAUCAAGCAGAUUGGAGAUAACCUGAUCAUUCCAGGAGGGGUGAAGACUGUUGAAGCCGAUGGGAAGAUGGUGAUUCCUGGAGGAAUUGACAUCCACACUCAUUUCCAGAUGCCAUACAGGGGCACGAGCACUGUGGAUGAUUUUGCUCAGGGCACUAAAGCCGCUCUCGCUGGAGGAACCACAAUGAUUGUGGAUCAUGUGAUCCCGGAGCCUGGCAGCAGUCUGGUGGAAGCGUUCGAGCGCUGGCACGAGUGGGCUGAUGAGAAAGCGUGCUGUGACUUCUCUCUUCACGUGGACAUCACGCACUGGAGCGACGGCGUCAAACACGAGGUGGAGACUCUCAUAAAGGAGAAAGGAGUGAACUCUUUCCAGGUCUACAUGGCUUAUAAAGAUCUCUAUCAGAUGAGCAGCAGUGAGCUUUAUGAGAUCUUCGCCUUCCUUGGAGAACACGGAGGAAUCGCACAGGUGCACGCAGAAAACGGAGAGAUCAUUGCUGAGGAACAAACUCGUAUGCUGGAGAUGGGCAUCACAGGACCUGAGGGUCACGUUCUCAGCCGUCCAGAGGAGCUGGAAGCUGAGGCCGUGUUCAGAGCCGUCACCAUCGCCAGUCAAACAAACUGUCCUCUCUACAUCACUCGUGUCAUGAGUAAGAGCGCUGCUGACAUCAUUUCACAGGCCCGCAAGAAAGGUAACGUGGUGUUUGGGGAACCAAUCACAGCCAGUUUGGGAACAGACGGGACUCACUAUUGGAGCAAGAACUGGGCUAAGGCCGCCUCUUUUGUGACAUCACCACCGCUCAGUCCAGACCCGACCACUCCAGACUAUCUGAGCACUCUGUUGGCCAGUGGAGAUCUGUCAGUCACCGGCAGCGCUCACUGCGCGUUCAGCGUGGCUCAGAAAGCCAUCGGGAAAGACGACUUCACCCAGAUUCCUGAAGGGGUGAACGGAGCGGAGGAGAGGAUGAGUGUCAUCUGGGAUAAGGCUGUGGUGACUGGUAAUAUGGAUGAAAACAUGUUUGUGGCCGUCACAAGCACCAACGCCGCAAAGCUCCUGAAUCUGUACCCCCGUAAGGGCCGGAUAGCUGUGGGAUCUGACAGUGAUCUGGUCAUCUGGGACACAGACGCCACCCGCACCAUCACUGCCAAAACACAUCACUCCGCAGCUGAGUAUAAUGUGUUGGAGGGGAUGGAGCUGAGAGGAGCGCCCAUGCUGGUCAUCUGUCAGGGGAAGAUCGUUCUGGAGGACGGCAAACUGAGCGUCACCUCCGGCACGGGCCGCUUCGUUCCCUGCACACCUUUCCCUGACUACGCAUACAAACGCGUCAAAGCCAGAAAGCAGCUGGCGAUUCUGAAGGCUGUGCCCAGGGGCAUGUAUGACGGCCCUGUGUCUGAAUUUUCUGCCGUGUCGAGGGGCGGCACUCCGUCUGCAUCCACCCGCACCUCACCCACCAAAGUCCCUGUGAGAAACCUGCAUCAGUCCGGCUUUUCAUUGACAGGUCCUGAAGAAGCUCCUAUCAGACCAGCGGGAAGACGUAUUGUUGUGCCCCCUGGUGGCCGCUCCAACAUCAUCUCCCUUAGUUAAAAUAUAAAGAGCAUUGAAGAGCGAGCGGUAGACUAAAGUCAAACGUAAAACACUGAACUUAUGCCUUACCUUUCAUAAAUAACUCCUGCUGAAUGAUUGAAGCUCUGAAGAAAGAAAAACAUUGAGUGUAGCUGUAUAUGUUUAUGUGUUUAGUCCGACUGAAAUAGAAAACAUGACCAUAAACAUGUCCUUUGGUUCCUUUACAUAGCGCUCUUAUUAUUCAUUCUAGUGUAGCUUUGAAAACCGAAUUCAAAUCAGAUUUGAUCAAUAAAUCUUCUUCACAC